GUAUAUUGUUAUCAGGAGGUUGUGGAUAUGAGGAAAGUGUUGUGGAGAGGUCAUUAGUGUUAGGGUCGUUGCAUGGUUGAAUGGGGAACGUGCCGAAAGUGCAUCGACCCAAAUCGAAGUUGCACGGUGGAGCGAUGAAGAGAGAACCACCAGAGUGAGGUUCAGGAUAUAUGGUAACAGGAACAAUGGACUGAAGAACCGGCAUCAUUGAUAUAACAGUAUGGUCGGAGACGGGAUCGUGGGUUUCCGUGAGUCUGUUUGGCAACAUGAAAUCGCGCCGCUCGGUUCGAUCGCUUUUGUCGGUCUUCCGAGUUCAGUUUAGUUCGUAUGGUGGAGUGUGCGUGUGGUACUUGGAGCUUUGUAGGGUUUGAAUUGGGUUGCGCGAUCUGGAAUCUGGCAUGAGCAUUUACUAUGGAAGAUGAACUGAGGUGUUUCGCAUGCAAGCAGCUCUUCAACAACCCGGUGCUGUUACCUUGCAACCACGCGCUAUGUCUGAACUGUGCCGUCCAGCUGCAGCAGCCGGCUUCGAGCACCGGUCCAAAUGUAAUUGGGGAGAAUGUGGCGGAGAGCGUGGCGAGCGGCUCCAGCAGCGGCUCGAGCAGUAGCGGCAGCGGAGACUACCAGGAGAGCGACAAGUUGUCCAUCUUGAGCGAAACGGACAGCGGUGUCGUCUGCACGUCUCGUCCCAACAGCUACGUGGGUACUCCUAGUGGAGGACUCUUCGCAAGCGCGCUCAGCUUGCCCUGUCCACUCUGCCAUAAGGUCGUCUACUUCGACGAGAACGGCGCCCACAACUUACCCAAGUAUCGGGUCAUGCAGAACAUCGUCGACAAGUACGGAGAACUGCGUAACCUGACGCUCAAGUGCCAGAUGUGCGAGGGUGAACCGGCGAGCGAUGCCGUCGUCGUCUGCGAGCAGUGCGAGAUCUUCUACUGCGAGGACUGCCGUGACACCUGUCACCCGAUGCGCGGACCCCUCGCAAAGCACACCCUCAUCGAGGCAAAGCGCGGUGCCGCCUGCAACACGUCCAAAAUCAAAGACGGAAAAUGCUCCGAGCACCUGGACGAGAACGUUUCCAUGUACUGUGUCGUGUGCAAGACUGGUGCUUGUGCCCUUUGCCUCAUGGAUGGCAGACACAAUUCCCACGACGUCCAAGCCAUCACCAGCAUGUGCAAAGCCCAAAAGGUCAGAGACAUACCUGAUUAUUCUAUCAUCCGGCAUUUCUAUACAACACUUUCAACAUCAUACUUCAAUCAUCAAUCAGCAACAAUUCAAUCUUACUCAAAUCCACUUUAA